AUGUCCUGCCAGCAGAACCAGCAGCAGUGCCAGCCUCCGCCCAAGUGCCCCUCACCCAAGUGCCCCCCAAAGAGCUCAGCACAGUGUCUGCCUCCAGCCUCCUCCUGCUGUGCUCCAAGCCCUGGGUGCUGCGGUGGCCCCAGCUCUGAGGGCGGCUGCUGCCUGAGCCACCACAGGUGCUGCAGGUCCCACCGAUGCCGGCGCCAGAGCUCCAACUCCUGUGUCAGGGGCAGUGGUCAGCAAGAUGGUGCCUCCGACUGUGGCUAUGGCUCUGGAGGCUGCUGCUGA